AUGGAGCCUGCAACCUUGGCUUAUCGGGAUGACACUCAUUUGAGCUACCCAGCCAGGGCAUGGUACCUGGUUCUUGAUGUGAAAAAAUACAAGGAAUUGUGGGAGCACUAAGCAGGGGCCUAACCCAGAUUAGGGCUUAGGCUUCCUGGGAGCGAUAUGAGUGUGAAUAAGGGAGGGUGUAUGGGGGUCGGGGGGUUUAGAGAAUGGCAAUGUCCUGGGCAUAGCCAGCCUCAGGUGAGGUCUUGAGGGAGGAAAGAGGGAAAGAUGUUCCAAGAACAGGAAGUUUGAGUGUCUGGACCUAGGGGUGGCUGGAUUUGUAAAGACCGGCUGGUGAGUGGGAGAGGUGGAUAGUAGGGGGUCUGGGAAGCCAUAUUUUACAGAGUUUGGUUUUAUCCCGAGGUCAGUGAGAAGCAAGGGUUUCAGGGAUGGAGGCUGGGUGGCUGGUGAGGAUGGAGAGAGAGCGAGAAGCCCGGGCUGGGACAGUGGUAGCAGAGAUGGAGGGAAGGGAUGAACACUGAGAGUUGUUUUAGACGAAGGAUAACAGGCCUGGUGACACUGGAUAAGGAGUGAGGUGAGAGAGGACCCCAGAGUUUCUGUCUUUGAAGUUGGAUUAAAGGUGAGGCUUCUGCUGAGUUACAGGCGGGCCUGGAGGAGGUGAGGUGCUUGCUCUGUCUGGAACAAGUUGGGCAUGAUGUUCCCUGUAGAACAUCCAGGGAGAGUGUAAGCUGGAUCUUUAGUUUUGAGUUCAGUAGAGGGUCAAGGCUAAAGAUACACCAAUGGACAGAGCGGAGUGGGUGGGGUGGCCCAGGGGGAGGUCCUGAAGGACGCUGACCAGAAAAGGAGCCCCCCAAAGAGCAAAGAAAAAGUAGAGUUGGAAGCCAGGGGAAUACCCACCUGCUGUGGGGAGGCUGCAGAUCAGUCAAGGAAAAGGCUCCUGGGUGGGAGGUAUUUCUAGGACAUGGCGGGUUCAGCCUGAAGCCAGGCCACAGGGGCCUGGGAGGUGAGGUGGUGGAAGAAGCGAUAGCAGACACCUGAGAGGUCUGUGAACAGGAAAGUGAGGCUCGGGAGGCAGGGCUUGCUUUUGAAGGGAGAACGUUGUGGUGAGUUGUCAGGAGCAGGCAUAGCCACUGGAAGGAGGAUGGCGCUGGGUAGCGGUGCUGGUUUCCAUAGCCUGUCCUCAAACUCGGGUGGGGUGGGGAGGACUGUCUACUCCAGGCUCCUCUCAGACUGAGUUCCAGGAAGAGGGAGCUGGCAGCAGAGCUAGGCAAGGACUGGGCCCUCAGUCUCCACAGUACCUCUCUGCCCACCUGGGCCCCAGAUUAAACCCUUUGCUCGCUGGCCUACUUCCGGAGCUCCCUAAUCUGGCCUGCAGUGGCCCAGGCUUGGUUAUUUCUACCUGGAGGCCAUGCUGGCCUGGGGCAUUAGGGAGCAGGGGACUCAGAAUUGCCUCUGAAGAGACAGACUUAAGUGCUUACCUGUGAAAUUAAUUGGUGAAAACACACACACACACACACACACACACACACACACAGGGUUGGCCUGUGUUUUUAAUAAAUUAAUUUCACAGGUGAGCACUUAAGUCUGUCUCUUCAGAGGCAAUGUGUUCCAGUGGAUGGAUGGGGGAGAGGCAAGGGAGGACAGAGGAAAGGGUCCUGGACUGAAUUCCCAAAGACCUGAGGCUGCUUUUUCCUGCCCCCGCCCCCCGAAAAGCAGAAUUGGGGAGCUUGAGCCUGUAUCCAGACCAGAACCCACCUCUCCGGGAAUUCUCAGAAAGAGCUGCCUGUUAGGAUCCCUCUCUGAGAUUAGUCCCCACUCGGAGACAGCACUCCCGGAGUCGCCUGGGUGGAGCUGAACUCCAGCUGUCCGCGCGCACAGCUGGAGGGUCACGUGGUAGCAGCCCCAGCCCCCCUUUCUGCCAACGCUGCAUCUGGCCCAGGCGGGUCCAUGGCCGCCCUUGGGGCCCUGAGCUGAGCCCCGGAGGCCCCCGCGGCCGGGGCCCUGCCGCUCCCAAGGGCCAAGCGUGUGAGUGUCCACAUCACAAGGACCGACGUGGGGGCGCGGGCGCCGGCCACGCGGACAUGAGGUGGAGGCUGCGCCUACGUGGGGACGCGUUGCUCACGCUGAUCCUGGGCACCGCCCUCAGCCUCCUGCUCUAUGCGCAGCGCGAUGGCAGAGCUCCCACCACUAGAGCGCCGCGAGCGCAAGGGAGGGCAGCGCGGGGGCCCACCCCCCGGCUCCGUGUAUUCCAGGCGCCGGACGCGGGCGCAGCCCUGCAGGUCUAUGAAGAGGAUACGCCGGAGCCGCCCACGCCCACCGGUCCCUUUGACUUUCGCGGAUACCUGCGUGCCAAGGACCAGCGACGCUUCCCCCUGCUCAUUAACCAGCCGCACAAGUGCCUAGGCGAUGGCGCACCUGGCGCAGGGCCCGACCUACUCAUCGCGGUCAAAUCAGUGGCGGCCGACUUUGAGCGGCGCCAAGCUGUGCGCCAGACGUGGGGGGCUGAGGGUCGCGUGCAAGGGGCGCUCGUGCGCCGCGUGUUCUUGUUGGGCGUGCCCAAGGGCGCAGGCUCAGACCCAACGGAGGCGGAGGGGACAGGCUCGCAAGCGCGCUGGCGCGCCCUACUGCGUGCUGAGAGCCGCACCUACACAGACAUCCUGCUUUGGGCCUUCGACGACACCUUCUUCAACCUAACGCUCAAGGAGAUCCACUUUCUGGCCUGGGCCUCAGCCUACUGCCCCAACGUACGCUUCGUUUUUAAGGGCGACGCGGACGUGUUCAUGCACGUGGGAAACCUGCUGGAGUUCCUGGCGGCGCGGGACCCGGCGCAGGACCUGCUUGUGGGUGACGUGAUCGUACAGGCACGGCCAAUCCGGGCGCGAGCCAGCAAGUACUACAUUCCCGAGGCUGUGUAUGGCCUGCCGGCCUACCCGGCCUACGCUGGCGGAGGCGGCUUCGUGCUUUCGGGGGCCACGCUCCGCCGCCUGGCCGGUGCCUGCGCCCAGGUUGAGCUCUUCCCUAUAGACGAUGUCUUUCUGGGGAUGUGUCUGCAGCGCCUUCGGCUCACACCUGAGCCUCAUCCUGCUUUCCGCACCUUUGGCAUACCCCAACCUUCAGCUGCGCCGCACCUGCGCACCUUUGACCCCUGCUUUUACCGUGAGCUAGUUGUAGUGCAUGGACUAUCGGCCGCUGACAUCUGGCUAAUGUGGCACCUACUGCAUGGUUCGCCUGGGCCAGCCUGUGCACAUCCACGGCCUGUAGCUGCUGGCCCCUUCCAGUGGGGGCCGUAGUAACAUGUCACAGCCCAAAGCUCCCCUCAUUCAGAUCCAGGAUGUAGAAUGGACGAGUUUCCCAGGUGGAUUAUUGCAGGGUAUGUGAUUCUUCCCCAAAAAGGGGCAUAAGAGUUCAGGAACCAGCUGGUGUCAGAUGUCUGCUUCCUCAGGGUUCCAGGGAAUGAAGAUUGCGCUUGGUUCCUGUCCCCCUACUUGGGAGCUGAUCUGGAACCAUCUAAUGACAAACCUUUGAGGGGUAGGGGGGAUGGGGUGUGUGGGAGUGUGUCGGGAGAAGUGGUAGGGACUCAUGGACUCUGACCACACAACUUGGUUUGAAACCCCGAGGAUGCACACAUACAGGCCUUUCUCACAGCUACAUCCCACAAGGAGGUGUGGGGAUCUGGCUUCAGCCUUCAUGGAACUGGCAGACAUUCCAUUAAAACUCAAUCCGAAAGUAGGCAUUUUGUUUCCCAUCUGUCUCUCCAAAUUGUAUUUUCAGCCUUGUCGAAGCCUUUAGAUCUCCUUUUGAGGAGACACCCCCUUCCUGGGCCCUGGUUUGGUUGCAACAGCAGGGAUCGAGACACACAGGGCAACUAAGUCUUUCCCCACCUCCAACUAACCCAUACCCACACAACUAGGGCAAUCUAUUGCCCCUUCAGAGGAGCCAAGGAACCUCUUCUAAGAUGACUCCACUAUACAUUUCCCACAUUCUAAAAAAAGAAGUCAAUGACCCCGCACUUAUUUUAGUACAAACAUCCCAGCAACAGCACGUGGUGAGCCAUUGCUAAGGGCAUAGGUCUUUAUUGGAGAGAGGUGUGGGCAGGACAUGAGGAAGGUUCCCCCAUUCCAGGAGGAUGAGAUCAGUCCUGGCUGACCCAACAUGGGGAUGUGUGGAGUGGGGGUUGGGUGGUGUCUCUGGCCAGGCCACAGUCCAAAUGGGAAGACACCAGUCAGUCACAAAGUCACAAGAGCGCCACACAAGCCUGGAUGUAGGCCCAGGAAUCAUAUAGGAACCUGGGGCAGGUCCCCUGCACAUUCAUCGUUAAACUAUACAGGAUGAGGCUGUACAUGAGUUAAUUACAAAAGUCAUAUUUACAAAAAUCUGUACACACAUUUGAAAAACUCACAAAAUUGUCAUCUAUGUAUCACAAGUUGCUAGACCAAAAUAUUAAAAAUGGGAUAAAAUUA